CCCCAGUAGGACAGGAAUGGACCAAGAGGAGCUGAUUUUCCUGUUUGGGAGUGUCGAAGAUGUCGGGACUAUCAGUUACAGAGCGCGUUGGCUGUACAAAAUUAUUGAAGUUAAUCUCGAAAGAGGACUUAUUGUCACUUAGUGAUACGGUCACGAAUAAAAUGAUAGUUGUGGAGAAUGUUACAGAGGCAAUGGAAACAAUUCUUUCCUUCUCUAAAAAUGCCGAGGAGCUCCUGAAAAGGAAGAAAGUUCAUCGUGACCUCAUAUUCAAGUACCUGGCCAAAGAAGGUGUGGCGAUGCCUGCGAACACCGACAAACACCAGCUGGUGAAAAGGACACUGCAGCUUUGGUCGUCUGGGAAGGCCAUGGAUGAAACCAAACAGAGACCGCCCACACAGACAGUAUCCACAGACGAGAAGACUGGGGUGGGCUUUGACCCCAUGGUCCUUGGCCAGCAGUUCUGCCAGUGGUUCUUCCAACUCUUAAACAGUCAGAACCCCUCGCUGGGCCAGCCGCCUCAGGACUGGGGACCACAACACUUCUGGCCAGAUGCAAAACUACGCCUCCUGUCCAAAGCUGGCAAUGAGCAGAUGGAGGAGUUUCUGGGCGCUGAACUGGUUAACCUUCGUCUCCUGGCCUUGACCAGGGAAGAGCGCCUCCUCCUCAGCCCCAACCUGGAGCUUCAUGGCCUCAGGACGCUGGCCUCCCCCCAUGGCCUGGUUCUGGUGGCAGUAGCCGGGACCAUCCACAGAGAUGGAGCCUGUCUGGGUGUCUUUGAGAAAAUAUUUGGCCUCAUCCGCUCCCCUCUGGAGAACAACAGCUGGAAGAUUAAGUUUGUCAACCUGAAGAUCAGAGGGCAGGACGCUUUGGGUGGGACAGAGGUGGUGGCACCUGCCUUGAAUUAUAACUCCACUGAAUUGCAGCUUCUCUGCAGUUGAUGCCACUCCUUAUUUCAUAUUAUUUCCCCAGGGAACGCUUGACUGUGCAUGCCCUCUUGUUACUUAUCUAACUUGCCCAAACAACCUGAGAUCAGGACUGGCGACAUAACUGGCACAAACCCCUUUCUUAAGUUAUGUAAAUCAGUCAUGUCAGGACUGUACAGGUGGUGGACACUGUUGCAUCUCGGUACGUCACUGAUGUAACAUCUAAACAGGACAAAGCUUUGGAAAAAGCUCUCGUAUUGUUUUCUCUGCUGCUUCUUGUUGUGGGAACAUUUUGCUUCAAACAUACUGUACCUUGAUGCAAGGCAAGUUUUGCUUUUGCAUCCUGUGCCUUAUUUUAGAUAACAUGUAAAUACAGACAUGGAUGUGCUCUUGUAAAUGUGUGUCAUAUCAGAUAUAAUGAUUAUAUUGCUGUGCUCUACAAUGACAACUAGGUCACUACUUGCGAACAUAAAGAUAUUGUGUUUGUUCACAUGAUAAUACUAAGUCAAUUAAAAUUGAUUUUGAACGCUA